AUGUCCGUUGAGACACAACAGAAAACCAUAAAUAGAAGCUUUGUUUUUAGUUCAGACUGUAAAGGUUACUGUUAAGGUUUUCUGCCCUUGAAUUGAAAGAAAGCCUCACACAAUUUAACAAAGAUUACGAACUGGCCAUGGAGUGGUACUAUGGCAGAGGCGACGAAGAUGUGACAGUCCCAGAAGAUGAGGAGGGGCUUCGAUCAUGGGGCGAUAGGUGGCCUUCGUGGGUUGGAAACUGCAGCUCAUCGUCAGAGGUGGAGCAACUCCACCACCCCAUCAUGUCUAGCCAGCAGAGUGAUGAUUGGGAUGUUCAUCUCAAGGAUCUUCCCAAAAUUCAAGAGGCUGAUGACAUUUUCUUCGAUUCGCUUUUCAAAGUGGGCGAGGGGUCUGAGAAUAUCGCACAAACCUCAAGCUGGAACGACGUGAUGACCUUUGAUUUUGGUGAUUAUGUCCGAGACACUACAAGCACACCCCAUUUUUCACACCAACAGGAACCGGAGGCUGAAAUACGCAUGUUUGAACAACAAUCUGAUCAAUGUGAAGAUACGAAUGAGUAUAUAUCCAUGGACGAAUCUGCGUUACUGGAGCUACAGCAUUUGACUCAGCAGUUGGCCGAGACAACCAGAGUUUGCUUUCGCGAUUCUCUGUACCGCCUGGCAGAGAACUCGAGAUACCAGACAGAAUGCAGUCAGAAUGGAAAACAAGCCAUGUACAACUGCAAACCAAUUUCUAGCUCUGGACUAUCCAGGUCUCAUGAAUCCAACUCUGAGGACAUGAAAUCCAUCGACAGAACAGUUGCUACGCUCUUGUUCACCACGAUGCAGUUGUGCAAUUCAACUUCAACAACGUCAGAUCUCGAUAACAAGGCCAACUCGUAUUGGUGCGAUCCAUGCUCCUCAGCUCCGUCUCUGCCAGGAGGUGACGCUGAGGUCCCAACAUUCAAUUAGAUGGAUUGACCAUUUCUACAACCUCUCCCUCGGUUGGGAUCAAUAAAAACUCGACCGGCUAGCCAUGGUGUAAAGAAAAUAGGUAUUUCUUUUUCGUAUUCGGUUUGUUUUAUGGGAGGGAGCUCUGCUUUUGUACAACUCAAGAAGAUACAGUUUUGUUGGAAGGAAAAUCAUUUGAUUUAUUA